AAUCGGAUUUUCCGGAUCCGGAUUUUCUUCUUUCGUUCCUUGCUCCUAAAGUGGUUAAUUCUGAGUGUAUAAUUUGGUUCGUUCUACACACCCGCGUUCCACGAUGGAUCCACCGUCUCUUAAGGGACGGAUUCCAUUGACAACCGUCUCGAACAACCACAGCCUGCAGCCACAGCCACCGGUCGGCAUUCCGAGCGGCAACAAUUACGGGAUCAAUGUCCUUCGCAAACCCGAUCCCGUUCUUUGUGAUGACAAGUUUUUCCUGUACCGUAAAAGACAAGAGAAGGACCAAGAUCCUUUUGGGCGGCUAUCGGAUGAAGUGCUGCUACACAUUUUCAAAUGGCUACCGAAAAAGACGCUCUUCCGGUGUGGUGAAGUGUGUCGGAGAUUCAACCGGGUCACGAAGGAUGAUUCACUGUGGGUGCGGAUAGAUCUGUCCAGUCGCACCCUUAACAGCAAUGCACUGCGAUUCAUACUGAGCCACGGAUUCACCAUUCUUCGAAUGGCACAGGUUGAGAUUGUGCGGCCGUCAGAGCUUACAUUUCCUCCGGAUCACAAAACGAAGCUGCAGUACCUGGACCUGAGCAUGUCCACCAUCGACAAGACUGGGCUGUGUACGUUACUAGCGUUCUGUCGCAGUCUGCGCAAGCUUAGCCUCGAGAACAUCCCGCUCGAUGAUGCCAUCUGCAACGAGAUCGCACAGAAUCCUUACAUUGAGACACUGAACCUAAGCAUGUGCUCAGACAUCAGCCCAACUGGUUUGCUGGCGAUUGUUUCGUCGCUGAAAAAGCUGCAGAAUCUCAAUGUCGCUUGGACGCACUUAGCGCCCACAGCAUUGACGCAUCUCGUCACCAAGUGUAACCCCGGUAUGCUGCGACUUAACAUUGCCGGCUGUCGCACCACACUGACUGAUUCCGAAAUUGCAUCAAUAGUGCGGCGAUGUCCCACGCUGCUCGAGCUCGAUGUAUCCGAUUGUACGAAUCUAACGCAAAAAACUAUCGACCAUCUCUGCCGGCUACAGAAACUCGAAUAUUUGGCGCUCUCACGGUGUUACAACAUUAACACUACCUCUUAUCUAAAAUUGGCCAACCUAGAGACUCUUGCGUUUUUGGACAUUUUCGGAUUAAUGUCAGACAGCUCACUAGCCGUGGUACAGAGCGCAAUGGGGUGUAUAGGUAUUAACAAAUUCUAUCACAGUUCGAUUGCGCGACCAACGAUCGGCUCCCGGAGGACAUCCAUUUGGGGUAUAAAGACACGAGAUUAA